AUGAGGGCUCCGCCACACGAACUGGCUGUCCUUGAUUGGUAUCAGUCUUUUUCCAAGAUAUUUCUGCAUGAGUAUACACAUCUAGUUGGGAGAAGUUAUCUGGGAGUUAACGUCCCUGAUGUAAAGUCUGUUGACCGUGGUGCAGAACCUCUUGGGUUUUAUGCCUGUAAUGACCUCGCCAUGAACGGAGGAGCACAGUUGGCUCUGGAGAAUGCUGACAGUUAUGCUGUGCUGGGUGUUGCAUUGUUCCUCAAGGAUUAUGAUUGGAGAGAUGGAUCCUGCCAAACAGCAGCAUAUUGGGAAGAUAUGCGUACUAGGGACAUGUUGGGGUCAGAUCAGUGA